GUCGGACACCAUCGCGGAUCAGCGCUAUCAGCCUCGUAUCUGUGAAAACCAGCCUUUACCUGCAACCAUGUAACCGGAUAUAAAUCCAAGGUCAGUCUCCCUGUUUUCAUCAAGCUAGUCCACCAUGUUCAUCCCUCCAUUCGAUUCCACCACCUCUUCCACCUACACCCAAUCACCCAAUCCAUCAUGGACGUACGGUCAGAGAGUCGACGCCACUCCUGCCGGAAAAGACUGGAUCGCAGGCGAAUCUGCUGGGUGGAAAGUCUAUAACACAGCAGAAAUAGACAAGGUUGAUAUCAACAAGCUCUUGAAUUCGGGCAUCGUGCCACGUCCCAUCGCAUUCGUGUCCACGAUCAAUGAGGAGGGCAUAGAGAACCUGGCACCCUACAGUUGGUUCAACACAGUCACGAACUACCCGCCUAUCAUCUCAUUCGCAUGUAACAACAAUGCCCUGGGCGGCCUCAAAGACACAGCCGUGAACUUGAAGAACAGCCAGGGGUUUAGCGUGAACAUCGUCAGCGAGCCAUUCAUCGAGAAUGGAAAUGCAACUGCGAUAGACGCUCCUCCUGGCUUCGACGAGUGGAGUAUCAGUGGCCUGACGAAGGAAAAAUGCGUGCAAAUCAGAGCCUCCCGCAUCAAGGAAAGCGCUUUUAGCAUGGAGUGCGAGCUCUUCAAAUGCAUAGACAUUGCGCACCCAGUCACAGGCGAGCACACCAGCACGCUGAUCCUCGCGCAUGUCAAGUACAUCCACGUGCGCAAAGACAUGCUCACAGAGAGAGGUGUGAUCGACCUCAGAAAGUUCAAGCCUGUUGCGCGUGUGGGCGAUAUCUCAUAUGCGCGCAUUGGAGAUGCAUUCAGGAUCUCGUCUCCAACAUGGGCGCAGGGGGAGGGGAAGAUACGAGAAGCGUUGGCGACUCAGGCAUUGCUAUGACAGAACGAAGGAGGCCAGCUUCUUGUUUCUCUAGUAACAUAUACCAUAGAUAAUAAUUAAUAUCCACGCAUAAUCCAGUCGGUUUCCAUUUCUCAUCCUGAGGUAGUACUUUGUUAUAAUUGACUGGCAAGGGCGCCGAGUAACUAGUGAAGAAUUUGUAGGGAAAGAUGAAGGGCUGACAUAUUGAGUGUACGAACACGUCGUUUGUGCUCUCCCCAGAUGUGCAUGCCGCGAGUCGAGUACUACGCAUAUGCCAUGCUUGUGCCAAUCAUGAUAACAUAGUCUAAGAAUCUGGAUUUCGGAAUUGAUUGGAAGGUUUUUCCACCAAGAAAGGCCGUCUGCUUGGCCACCAGCGAAUGGAGC